AUGGAUGGUAACAAGGAUGAAGCUUUGAGAUGCGUUCGCAUUGCUGAAGAAGCAAUUGCGUCCGGUAACAAAGGGCGUGCGCUCAAAUUUAUCAAAAUAGCGCAACGCCUUAAUCAGAGUUUGCAAGUUAAUGAACUUUUGGCUGCGUGUGAGAAGAUUGAUUCGGGGUCUCCUGCAUCUUCCAUUGGUGAAAAGGGUGCUACUGUGAUUAAGAAUGAGCCUGGUUUGGAGAAAUUGGGCCAAGGUUUGAAUGGGGAAGUUAGUUAUACCGAAGAGCAUGUUCAGUUGAUUAGGAAGAUUAAGAGAAACAAAGACUAUUAUGCCAUUCUUGGCGUGGAAAAGACUUGCUCAGUUGAGGACAUUAGGAAGGCUUAUAGGAAAUUGUCAUUGAAAGUUCAUCCUGAUAAGAACAAGGCUCCCGGUUCGGAAGAGGCAUUUAAGAUAGUAAGCAAGGCUUUCAAGUGUUUGAGUGAUGGAGAUUCAAGGAGGCAGUAUGAUCAGACUGGUUUGGUUGAUGAAUUUGAGUACAACCAGCAACACAAUGUGAGGAGGAGGAGGAGGAGAGCUGGGCAUGAUUUGUUUGAUGAUGAUUUCGACCCUGAUGAGAUAUUUAGGGCGUUCUUUGGUCAAUCAGACAUGUUUCGGACAAGUCAUGUUUAUAGGACUAGUAGAACUGCUGGCCAUCAGAGGGAGGAGGUUCAGGGAGGGGGACCUAAUAUCAUGGUUCUUAUUCAACUAUUACCGUUCUUGGUAAUUGUAUUGCUGGCAUAUCUUCCCUUUUCAGAGCCUAACUACUCUUUGCAGAAGACUUACAACUACCAGAUUCCCAAGACAACAGAGAAACAUGGAGUGGAAUUUUAUGUUAAAUCAGAAACAUUUGAUGAAAAUUAUCCCCUUGGAAGUGUUGCUCGAUCUAACAUAGAGAACCAUGUUAUCAAGGAUUACAAGAAUGUGCUUCUACACUACUGUCGGGUUGAACUUCAAAGGCGUCACUGGAGUAAGAAUCUGCCUACUCCUCACUGUGAUAAGUUGAAUAACCUUGGAAUAGCGUGA